AUGCCGCACCCGCGCGGUCAAUCCGCACCGCAGGCGACCCAGCUCUACGAGAUGGUGGUGGUGCGCCACGGCCUGAUGCUCGUGGGGGACGCCAUGAGCGGCAAGUCGUGCGCGCUGCAGUGCCUGGCGGGCGCCCUGGGGGACCUCAAGGACUCGGGGGUCGAGGGGCCCCUCUACCAGCGCGUCGCGGUGCGCAGCAUCAACCCCAAGGCCGUCACCAUGGGCCAGCUGUACGGCGAGGCUGAUAAGGCGACCCAAGAAUGGAAGGACGGCGUGCUCGCGGUCACCUUCAGGUACUGCCCACCAUGGCUCGUGCUGGACGGCCCAGUCGACGCCCUCUGGAUAGAGAACAUGAACACGG